CAACGGCUCAAGCAGAACCAUUCCCUUCGGCUAUAUAGACCAGCGGCACCUAAACCCUCCCCUCUUUAGCCGCACCCGCCUGUCGUCUCGCCCGCUCCCGCUUCGCUUCGCCGCCGCCGCUCCGACCGCCGCCAAAAUGCCGUUCAAGAGGUUCGUGGAGAUCGGGCGGGUGGCCCUGGUGAACUACGGCAAGGACUACGGCCGCCUCGUCGUCAUCGUCGAUGUCGUCGACCAGAACAGGGCACUUGUGGAUGCCCCCGAUAUGGUCCGUUGCCAGAUGAACUUCAAGCGGCUUUCCCUGACUGACAUCAAGAUUGACAUUAAGCGUGUCCCUAAGAAGACCACUUUGAUUAAUGCAAUGGAGGAAGCUGAUGUGAAGACCAAGUGGGAGAAUAGCUCAUGGGGCAAGAAGCUGAUUGUCCAGAAGAGGAGAGCGUCCCUCAACGACUUUGACAGGUUCAAGGUCAUGUUGGCUAAGAUCAAGAGGGGCGGUGCUAUCAGGCAAGAGCUCGCUAAGCUUAAAAAGGAGGUUGCUGCUGCUUGAUUUGGUGGAUGACCUGUUGAGAUUUUGAUCAGCAAUAUUCGGAUGUCCUGAAAAAAAAAAUCAUGUACUGUGAAUUUCUUUUGAGAGCUUGCCAAAAUUUUAACUUUAAAUAUGCCUUCUUUUAGAGAUUUUGCCAGAAACCUUUUCAGAGUUUGAGAUAUUCUAUGCUGUUAUCCGGUA